CUCGGGCCUGACUUUCCACCCGCCCCCACCCCAGCCCUUCCCAGCCUCCCGGGUCUUCCCCGGGGUCCCCCCAGGGUGCGGGCAUGGGGUCGGUGGAGGCCCUGGGGGGCAGCGGGGGUUCCGUCCGCGAGUUCACGCGCCACGCGGCCGACGUGCUGCUCAACCUGAACGAGCUGCGGCUGCGGGGGACGCUCACCGAUGUCACCCUGCUGGUGGCUGGACGCCCGCUCCGCGCACACAAGGCCGUGCUCACUGCCUGCAGCGGCUUCUUCUACUCGAUUUUCCGGGAGCGGCGGGGCAUCGUUGGCGGGGUUGGCGGGGUGGACGUGCUGUCCCUGCCGGGCGGGGCGGAGGCAGGUGGGUUCGCCCCGCUGUUGGACUUCAUGUACACGUCGCGCCUCCGGCUCUCCCUGGCCACCGCCCCGGCCGUGCUGGCCGCCGCCACUUACCUGCAGAUGGACCACGUGGUCCAGGCCUGUCAUCGCUUCCUCCAGGCCAGCUAUGAGCCAGGGACCGUCUCCUUGAGACCCCCCGGGGCCGAGCCCCCUGCCCGUCCACCCCCCGGCAGCCCCCGCUGCUCCGAGGGGCACCCGGACCCCCCGACGGAGUCCCGCAGCUGUGGCCGCGCCCCACCCGAUCCCCCCAGCCCCGACCCCAAGGCCUGCAACUGGAAGAAGUACAAGUUCAUCGUGCUCAACUCUCGGGCCUCCCAGGGCCGGAACCGCCUGGGGGAAGAUGGGGCGGCCGCAGAGCAGAGACCCCCGGUCCAGCCCCCCAGCGGGGACGAGGCCUCGGGGAGCAGCGGGGAGGAGGGGCCCGGAGCUGGCCCCAGCCCCCAGCAAAGGCUGUCCCCGGCCCCCCACCUGCUGCUAGGACACCCAGGAAAUGGGGCACCCGGAUCCCCCCGCCCACAGUCAGGGAGUGGCCUCUUCAGCUGCCACGACUGUGAGCUGCCCUGCCCGGAGGAGGGUGGGGCGGGGGGUGUGGGACCCCCGGCCUCGGCGGAGGACAAGCCCUACAAGUGCCAGCUGUGCCGCUCCGCUUUCCGCUAUAAGGGCAACCUGGCCAGCCACCGGGCGGUGCACACAGGAGAGAAGCCCUACCACUGCUCCAUCUGCGGGGCACAGUUUAACCGCCCGGCCAACCUCAAAACGCACAGCCGCAUCCACUCCGGGGAGAAACCCUACAAGUGCGACACCUGUGGCUCCCGCUUUGUGCAGGUGGCGCACCUGCGGGCUCACGUGCUCAUCCACACCGGGGAGAAGCCCUACCCCUGCCCCACCUGCGGCACGCGCUUCCGACACCUGCAGACCCUCAAGAGCCACGUGCGGAUCCACACCGGCGAGAAGCCCUACCACUGCGAGCCAUGUGACCUGCACUUCCGCCACAAGAGCCAACUGCGCCUCCACCUGCGACAGAAGCACGGGGCCGCCACCAACACCAAGAUCCGCUACCACGUCCCGGGGGCCCCCUGCUGAGACCCGGGCCCCUCUGUCCCCAUCCACCCCAACCGCCCCCCAACCCUCGCCUUGCCACUGGGGGCUGGAUAGGCAGGACCUCUGGGUUCCUGGUGGGGGCUGGGGAGCAGGACCCCGGGGGCCCUGAAGGGAGAGCAGGGGUAACAGACCCAGGCCGGGGGGUCUGCAGCCAUUUCGCUGGUCGAAAUCUCUCUCUUUCCCUGCACCACUCCUGUUUGAGUGUGCGUUUGUUGGGGGAGGAGGACCCCUGGGUCCCCCAGGAGCUGAUGGAGCAGGGAGGAGGCAGGACAUCCCUUCUACCACUGCUCCUCUGUAAAUAUAAUUUAUUGGGGCCCAGGGCUAGGGAGGACCCUUCCCCAUUAGGUUCUUUCCCAACCCCACCCCGGGAGAAGGAGAUGGGACAUGAUGGAUGCAGGGAUGUGGGGAGACUGCCCGAUUUCCCUUCAGCAUUCCCUCUCCUCCCUCACCUCCUGCAUCCCGCUGGGAAGGGGGUGUGUGGCAGGAAGUGACUUUGCUUUCCAUAGGAAAUGAGGUCACUGCUCCGCAGGCGGAGCCUACCAUCAGCCCAUACUACCACCCGGCUUGGAAGAGAAGUCUCUUUCGAAGUCAGUUUCUUCUUUUAAUGUCUUGACCCCUGCUGCCUGGCAGGCUCUAGCAGCUACUUUAGAAGAGGUCUGGAACCUCUUGUGUUCUAGAGUCGGGUGGGGCCAGAUCUGGAAAACCGCUCCUAAGGAGGGUCUAGAACUGGAUCUGUGAUCUAUCCUGUUUUAAAAGGCUAGGUGCUCUUGAGAAGAGAAGAAUGCUUCCAAACAGGUCUGAGACUCUGAAAGUGACUUAGGUCCCUUCAUAGAAGGACUGUACAGGUUCUAGGACUCCAUGGCCUGUAGGAGUUGGUUGUGGAAGACUUACGGGGGACCCCUGAGCCCCUCACUUCUUAUAGUACUGGCCUGGCCUUGGAUGGGAGAACCUAGCUUCUCCCAGAUUCUUCCUUAAUUGGGGAACCAGGUCUGGUAACCUUUGGGGUUUUAGCACUAAGUCAGUCUCCUCUCUGGUAUUUUAGAAUGUUGCGAGUCCCAGAAUACUUAAAAAUCGGAUCAAGGCUCCCCUCUAAAGGAGGGUCUAAAUCAACACCCCCCCCACCCCCCCGGGCAUUUUAGAGCAAGCCCUCUGGGAUUCUGGAACUCUGACUCUUGCUUUUUUAUUUUAUUUUAUUUUAAUUUUUUUCUCUUAAAAAUAUCCUUCCAGAAAGACUUGACCUCUCAUGUGGGCUAGCCCCAAGUUUGGAGUCUGUCUUGCUGUAGAAUCGGGUCUGAGACCCUCUCUUUCGUUCUAGAAGUCUUUGGCACUUGGAUACGGUUUUUUGUUCUAGAGAGGGUUCUAGAACAAGUCGUUGAUGCCACUCCCUGGUUUUCUGAGAGCUGCUUCCAGUUAGGUGUCUCUGACCCCCCACCGGAGUUCUAGAGAUGGGUCUGAGACCCUCUGCAGAGCCCUCAUCCCCCCGUUAAUGGUUCCAGAGUUAGAUCUGGACCUUAAAAAUGUUCUGAAAGGGUUAUGGAUAAUCCAAAGGAAAGCCGAAGGACUAGGGAGGAAGGCUCCCUUUCUCAUGAUUCCAGCCGCCUUUUGGAGGUCCUCGAGGGGAGAGAAAUAACCCAGACACCUGACUGGCUGGUGAGAGAAUGGACGAGAUGAAAGGAAAGGAGUGAUUGAUUAGUGUUUGUGGAUCGGUCAGUUUGAGGAUGGCUACGGGACUGAAAGUGAUCGAAUGCCUGUGACGGGUUUUGCGGAGUGGAGGCCUUAUGGUGACUGGUCCAUUACAGGAGCAAUUGCCGAGGGAGGGUGGCUUAUGGCUCAUGGACCGGAUGGCCGUUCCUGAUGGGGAUCAGAUGGUUGGGAGGGUGGAGUCUAGUUGGACCAGGGGAUAAUGGGAAUUGGUCCAUCAGGGUGAGGUUUAGGCUUAGGAGUACUGGGGAUGGGAGGAGGGCGCCACAGAAUGGACUGUGGGUCUGCUUGCCUGGUGGAAAUCCUAGGUUGGGUUGAAUGGGUUGAGAAGAGGCCUCUUUUCUGAUAGGCAAAGGAGGCAGAGGACUAGGGUGGGUGUCACUGUUGCUGCUCCCAAAAGGUGGAGGACCAGAUUUGGGGUUCAUUCGCAAUGGGUGGGGGGUGGGGGGGUGGAUCAAUCGCCAGGCUGGGACCUCUGCGCCCCCCCACCCCAACCCCUGGGAUUACAAGUUCCCAGUUUGAGAUCCUGGUUCCAGGAGAGAGACAUUCUACCUGCCCUGUUUUCUUCUUCCCACCCCCACCCCACCCUAGGAAAUUUGAGUAAGCAGGAUUUCCCCUCCUAUGCUGUUCCUUCCCAACCCUGGGGUGAUGAGGCUCACUAAGCAUCACCCCGAAAGAGAGAAGACCACGUGAUGCGGGGAAGACCUAGGAAAAUGGUAUAGGAGAAGUGUUCACUCUGGGGUGUCAGAGGAAGGUGGAUGGGGUAAGAGCUAAAACUGAUUGGAGAUGAAAGUGGAGUGUAUGCAAGAAUAUGAGGGGUGUGUGCCUGUGUGUGUCUGUGUAUCUAGAGGGGAGAGCAAUCAGCCUGCUCAGCUGUAACCACACUCUGCCCAGCUGUAAUAAAGAAGCUCAAUGGUCA